UUGCUGCAGUCAAAAUAAGCAGCCAGUGUUUGAUAAAGACAGCUCCUCUUAGGAAGAAUUGUCAUCCCGAAACACAUAGAGAGACAUUCUCUCUGUCUCUCAAUUAAAAUCAUUAUUUCCAGAAUGGAGAAGAAGAUGAUGAAGCUAUUGAUUAUGUUUGCUCUUGGAAUGAACUACUGGUCUUGCUCAGGUUUCCCUGUGUACGACUACGAUCCAUCCUCCUUAAGGGACGCCCUCAGUGCCUCUGUGGCAAAAGUGAAUUCCCAGUCACUGAGUCUGUAUCUGUUUCGGGCAUUCAGGAGCUCAUUAAAAAGAGUUGAGGUCCUGGAUGAGAACAACUUGGUCAUGAAUUUAGAGUUCAGCAUCCGGGAGACUACAUGCAGGAGGGAUUCUGGAGAAGAUCCCUCUACGUGUGCCUUCCAGAGGGACUACUAUGUGCCCACAGCUGUUUGCAGAAGCACCGUGAAGGUAUCUGGCCAGCAGGUGCAGGGCGUGCGUGCUCACUGCAGCUGGUCCUCUUCCACGUCUGAGUCUCUCAGCAGCGAAGAGAUGAUUUUUAGGGACAUGUUGGGAUCUCAUAAAUGGAGAAACAAUUAUCCAUUUGGUCUCAUUCCAGAUGAGUCCAUAAGUGAACAAUUGUAUGAUCGAUCACUUGAGAUCAUGAGAAGGGCUUUUCCUCCUGGAAAUAGAAGGUACCCAAAUUACCGGCACAGAGCAAGAAUAAAUACUGACUUUGAGUAACAGUCUUGAGGUUUCUCAGUCUAGGGAAUCAGCAGCAAAGUGAGCUUUCUGUCAAAGCAGGUAUCACCAGGAAGAGACCCAGAAGACUGGGGCUUUUUGUUCUCCAAGCCACUUACUUAGAAAUGUGCUCCCAAAGGUUCUGUUCCUGGAGCCAGGCCUGCUUUGGGGCUGACUGAGCAGUGAAAGAAUUUGAGGAUGUGAGAAUCCCCCAAACCAAUCACAGUCUCCUGCCAGGACUGAAACACACACGAGUUACCAUGGCAGUGGCUGAAGACAUCAUGAACCCUUGAACACUAUUUUCUGGAUGAAUGAUACACUAAAUCUUUAUCAGUCAUUUGUGCCUGGGUGUGGAUGCGACUUCUAAUUCUGCUCCAUGGCAAACUGCUUUACCUAUGACAGCUUUUAAAUGUCUGAUAAGGCCAGUCCGUAUCUCACCCCAACUCUUCUAUAUUUUUUCCAGAACUUUAUUAUUUUCAUCUGCUUAUUUUAUUUCAACUGUAAGAUCGGCUUGUCAGGUUAUGAAGGAAACUCUGUUAGCAUUUCAAAUCAAAUUGAUUAUAUCAAAUUUACAAAUUAAGCUAGAAAAACAUGACAUCUUUAGAUUUUUGAGUUUUGCUCCAUAAGACUAAGAUACACAUUUCCAUGUACUGAAGUCUUCUUUUAUGCUCCAUGAGUUUAAGAAUUUCCUCAUAUGUGUUCCACAUAUUUCCUCUGAGAUUUAUUUAUUACUAUAAUUUUUUAUUGUUAUUAUAAAUGGGAUAUUUUGCCAUUGUAUUUUGUAAUAUGAAACUGACUAAUAUAAGAUUUUGGCCUCUCUUCCUGCUGACUUUUCAUAUUGUUACUAACAGGUUUUCAGCUGAUACUCUUGGAGAUUCCAUGUAUUAUAACCAUACCUUUUUCAAAUAAUAUUAAUUUUGCCUUCUUUUCAUUUUUUAAACAUUACUUCUUUUUUUUUUCCUAUUUUAUUUGAUGAGUCUACUCCAACAGGACUAAAUUACAGGGUGAUAAUAGACUCCUCUGUGUCCUGUGCCUUACUUUCACAGCAUCCUAAGAAGCAUUUUAGUGUUUCUUCACGGACAAUGCUGACUUCUGUGUUGGUGUAAGAGCGUCUAUAUUUUUAAGCACAUUAAAGUUGCAUCUGUUCUUCCACCAUUAAGAGCUUACAACAUAGAUGUACGGUAUACUGAA